AUGGGAGUCAUCCACGGAGGAGGCUUCGUAUCCAGGAGAGAUGCUUCGAAGAGCUUAGUCAUAGUCAGAAACGCUGUUAUUACAUCCAAACGACACGAAGCAUCUUCCGUUCAAACGCGUUCCUCCGGAACAGAGCGCCAACUUCGUCUUCACAUUCCAGUUAGGGUUAGGGUUUUGAGCGUCGACGCAAUGUCGAAUGAUAAUCCCUCAUCCCUUUCUUCUGGUUACAGUUCAAUCCCUUCCCUCUCACGCGCCACCGCUCACUCCGGCAUUUCUACGCGCCGUCCAUGGGAGGAGUUUCUCGCGCUGCGCUCGUUCACGCUCCCCUACUCCCUCGGCGAAGCCACGCUCCGCAUCAAGCGCAACCUCGACCACUUCCGCGUGAACUACGCCAUGAUCGCGCUGAUCGUCUUGUUCCUUAGCCUCAUCAGUCACCCGAUUUCCCUCAUCGUGUUUAUCGCCGUAUUCACCGCGUGGUUCUUCCUCUACUUCUUCCGUGAUCACCCUGUCGUCGUGCUCCAUCGCGCGCUCGACGACCGCUUCGUCCUCGCCGCGCUUGCCGCCGUCACCGUGGCGGCGCUUGUCCUCACCGGCGUCUGGCUGAACGUGGUUUUAGCGCUUCUCGUUGCGGCAGUGGCGGUGGUGCUGCAUGCGGCGUUUCGGAGCACUGAGGAUUUGUACGUGGAUGAACUGGAAGCUUCUGAUGGAGGUUUGGUUUCGGUUGUUGGCGGCAGCCCUACGAAACGAUCAGGGUACAGUAGAAUCUAG